AUAAAAGCAGCUGCAGAAUCGAUGAGCAAACGAAGUAGUGAAAACUCCCAACCUUCACGAUGAAAUUCUUCGCAUUGGUGUCUUUAGCUCUGCUUGCGACCUUCACAGGAGCAAAUGGUGCGUCAUGCUACAGCCGGUGUGGCAAUCCCUUCAGCAGGUGGUUCAGCUGUCAGUGCAACACCAACUGUGUCAAAUAUGGCGACUGUUGUAGCGACUACAACCUUCACUGUGUGCUCGGAUCUUGCCAGGGCCGCUGUGACACUAGUUUUGACUCGAGCCAUCCCUGUCAAUGCAACUCGGCCUGCAUCACAUACGGCGACUGUUGUACAGACUACAACACCCAAUGCGCAGGAGAAUCUCCAGUCCCAUCUGACCCUAUCGAUGGCGAUGUCCCCACCAACAUGGACGAAUUUGCCAACGCCGUCUGGAACGCCGAUGUGAACCGCCUGUCCGACUCUGAUUUCUCGCUCAACUUUGGUAACUACAUCAGCAACUCCAACGACGAGAGGGACUUGUCGUUUCAGCCGUUAUUUUCCUCCGUGAACACCGCGUUUCUCCAGCGCGACACCUACAAGACGAUGAGCGCCCUUUUCGACAAUUACGUCACAUCUCAAGGUCAGACAGAGGUAACCACGGCAGCAGAGCAGGCUGAGCAAGACGCCUUCAUGGACGCCAUGUUUGAGACUGACGUCAUGGACAUCGCGUAUCAAUACGCCAAAUAUCUAGGGUAUUACUCCAGCCUUUCCGAGUACAAGGACUUUGUACGCGGCCUUCUCUUCACGCCCUACACUCGCAAAGCUACCAGCGAUACCUCGGGCUUCGAGCACGUCUUUGCUGGCGAGUGGUCCAGCAGUUCAUCGAUAUCUGGCUUCCACAGCUGGGUCCGUAUGUACCAACUGGAGCAGGAAGGGGUCAUGAACUACUAUGGAUAUAUGAAUAUUCAAGAGCCUCGCCAGGUGCUCUACCAGUUUGAGUGGGAGGGGCGAGUCAAGCCCCUGACUUCCAUCAUGUACGGUGUCAGUCCGGAGUUCGAGAUCGCCAUUUUCUCGACCUGCUUCUUGACCAAUCGCAACGCGGUGUGCCCCAUGACCAUCAACGGCGGCAGCGCGUCCGUGCAGACUUGGGACCAGAGCGGUAUGGACGUCUUCGGCUCCGCUUACUUCAUCGCGUAGAUGAUUCUCGGGUCUAUUUGGCCACCGAAUCAGAAGUCAUUACUGUAGGGCUCACUUGCAAAAGUCAAGGUGGUAAAGUGGGGCUAUCAGAUACUUAGAUGUGGUCAAAUAAACUCAUAAAAUUGACUCAAAGGGUAAAAGGGCACACAAGGACUUGUUAAUAGCCUCUGAAGGAGAUAUACAUGCAACAUAGCCUCAAUUAUAGUAACAAAGACACCGUGACAAAACCAAAAUAUCGAGGGGAAAUGAGACAAAGUGUAGCAUUCUAGCUCACGAGGAAGAUUUAAAGUGAUGGGGUUGAGAUGAUUACCAACGUUUUACGAAUCUACUGCCUUCCAAUUUACAUUAUCGAAGCAUGCUUCAAUGUCUUUUUGUAAAUUUAAGGUUCUCAAUGUUUAAAUUUGCAUAUACAUACCAAGUAAUACAUGUUGAUCUUCACACCUGUUGUUAACUUGCGAUUUUACAGGUUGGAUUUAAACAGAGGAAUUUCCAUCCAAAGGUUUACUCUGUGUGUCAAAUCAUGUUUUGAGUAUUACACUUGUGCAUUUUUGAGCAAUUAGUCUGAUUAAAGUAGAAUUAGGAGCCAUGUCAGCACAGCUUAAAACAAAA